AUGGCGAAUUCCUCUUCUGUUCAUGAACAAAGCGCCCGGUCAUCUCUUCUCAUCAUCAAGCUGAAUCAAAACCUACGGAUCGAGCUAUCACCUUUCCAGUGUGAUCCCUACACGCUCCAAGUGGUUGAAGGCCUCAAAUAUUCAGCACUUGUAAUUGCCCUAACCAAAGCUAAGUGUGUCCCAAUGUCGUUACUUUCUCAAGUCUACUCUACAACGGUCUACGAUAAAGCCAAGGAGAGGAUAUUCUUCGAGAUCUUCAACCACAAAACCUCAAUUUCUAAGGCAGUUUAUCACUUUUUUAAUAUGAAGAAAGCAAAGCUUGGUAAAACACACACACCUUCUACAGAUGUUGCUCCACAGGAUGCUGAACUUGAAGAAGAUAUCGAUGGCAUUGAUGUUCUGGAGGUAGAUGUUAAAGUCGAAGGUGAGGAAGGUAACAUUACAAUGGAAAGAGAAAGAUGGUCUAAGGUAUGGAAAUUUUUUCAAAGACUUCCAAUUGGUUCUGAUGGAAGGGAAAGGGCACAAUGUAAGAGGUGCUCAAAAAAAUAUAUUUGUGAAACUAAGAAUGGGACAGGUAGCUUGAGAAAUCACAUAAACAAGUGUCCUAGAAGGGAUGAAAAGGACGUAGCACAAAUGCUUUUUGCAAAAUCAGGUGGUUCUAUGUCGAUAAACUCUAUGGUUUUUAAACCUGAAAGAUUUCGUGAACUUGUUAGUCAAGCUAUUAUCAAACAUGAAUUGCCCUUUAAAUUUGUUGAGUAUGAGGGAAUUAGGGAAAUAUUUCAGUACCUAAAUAAAAAUGUGACCACCAUUACCAGAAACACUGCAAAAUCAGAUGUCAAGAACUUAUUUAAGAGAGAAAAAGUGAGACUUAAGAAUUUGUUAGAAUUGCAUCAAGGUAGAGUUUCAUUAACUUCAGAUUUAUGGACUUCAAUUAACACAGAUGGUUUCUUGUGUGUUACGGGUCACUUCAUUGACAAGGAGUGGAAAUUACAAAAGCGAAUUUUGAACUUUCAGUAUAUGCCACCUCCACAUAAUGGGGUAUGUUUAACUGAAAAGAUAUCUUCUUUGAUAUCUGAAUGGGGGAUCGAAAAAAAAUUAUUCACUAUCACGUUAGAUAAUGCUUCAAGUAAUGAUACAUUUGUCAAUUUACUAAAGGGUCAUUUAUGUAAUGAAGGUGCACUUCGCAGCAACGGAGAUUAUUUUCAUAUUCGAUGUUGUGCUCAUGUGUUAAAUUUAGUUGUGCAAGAUGGGUUGAAAGCUAUUGAUGAAGGGAUUGUUAAAUUGCGAGAAUCUGUUAAGUACAUAAAGGGUUCCCAAGUAAGGAAAGGAAGGUUUAUUGAUUGUGUAAAAUAUGUUAAUUUGAAUCCAAAAAAGGGUUUGCGGCAAGAUGUUCCUACGAGAUGGAAUGCUACUUAUCUUAUGAUUGAAAGUGCUAUAUUCUAUCGUCGUGCUUUUUUUCAUUUAGCAUUGAGUGAUUCUAGUUAUUUGGAUUGUCCAAGUAAUGAUGAGUGGAAUAAGUUAGAGAAGAUUUUCAGAUUUUUAGAGGUAUUUUAUGAAGUUACAUGCAUAUUUUCGGGAAAUAAAUAUUCUACAGCAAACUUAUACUUUCCUUCGGUUUCCAUGGUUGAAAAAACUUUAAGAGAAGAAAUGGAAAGUUCAGAUAGAUUUAUGAAGAAUAUGGCUAAAAAAAUGUAUGAGAAAUUUUCAAAGUAUUGGUCGGAGUAUAGUAUGAUUUUGGCCAUGGCAGCAGUUUUGGACCCACGUUAUAAACUGCAGUAUGUUGAGUUUACUUACAAAAAACUCUAUGGCGACAGUUUUGCUGUCCACAGUGAUCGUAUACGGGAGAAGCUACAUGAUCUUUUUAGUGAGUAUAUUAGUGAUUAUAGUACUGAACCACCUGUGAAUUGUAGAUCAUCAGCAACAUCAACAGGUGAUACAAGUAAAGUUGUGCACAAAAAGAAAAGUGACACAUUGCUAAGUAAGAGCACACAAGACAUGUUAAAAGAGUUCAAGGAUUACGAAAGUAAAGAGUUUGCUUUGUCUCAAAAAUCACAAUUGGAGAUGUACUUAGAUGAGCCAAGAAGUGACAUAUGUGAAGAUUUGGAUGUUCUUUCUUUUUGGAAAGCCCAUCAAUAUCGUUAUCCGGAACUUGCUUCCAUGGCUCGAGAUAUUUUGAGCAUUCUGGUCUCCACCGUAGCAUCCGAAUCUGCCUUUAGUAAUGGUGGUCGUGUACUUGAUCAAUAUCGAAGUUCGUUGAAUCAUGACAUUGUUGAGGCUCUAAUUUGUUCAAAAGAUUGGCUUUUUGGAAUUAAAGGUGAUGAAGAACUGUGUUUACAAGAGCUUACCGAUGAUAUUAUGGAAGAUGCUAGCAGGAACAAUAAGCAUGAAUCGAUGGAGGCAUAG